GUGAGACUUCCUUAAUGAUGAGCACGCACUUCCUGUCCCAAGGAGAAAUAAAGUUGUACUUGUACUUCUGCAACGACGAAAUCGGCGACUUCUGCGUGCUGAUCACGGUGACAUCUAAAUUGGGAAAUAACUUAAUAAUGGAUAUUAAUGUGGAGCUGCCGCAAAACUUUAGGAAACCUUGUAUAUGCAGAAAAGGGUUUAGUUUCUACUGUCCGAAAACAUUUACAGUGCAUGUCCCAUCAAAAAAUACAUUUUUAAUGGAGAGCACUGAGCGGCUUGCUGAAAAUUGCUGUGCAGAGGGUACUUUAAGUCUGGUCAGAAGGUUCUACGGCACCCCUGUAGUACCACGAAUUUUGAAGUUCUACCUCGAACGAUUUCCACAAGGAUUUUUGCUGGCUGCCUGCAUUUUCGACGAUGAAAUCGAAUUUUCAAUUACCGAAAAUAAACAAUUUUCGGCUCAACAGGCAACUUUAACCAUCAGCGAUGUAACUUCCGACGAUACCGUUCCACUGGUUUUGCAUUGGGACCAAGAUAGCCGACCAAAAGAGGCAAUUUUGGAGCUAAACAGCGUAAAUCAGGGAGAGAUUCGACGACACAAAUUAAUUUUUCCUCAGGAGGAAGCAGUGAAUAGUGUUAGUAGCAACAUUGACAACCUUUUGGACAAUAAUCACAAAGAAUGACGAAACGAGAGAAGCUUCUAUGUAUGCCAUACGCACCUUAUUGCCGAUGAAAUAAACUUUUACUAGCAAAA